AUGGCACAAAACGGUAUUAGUCCUGAAGCGAGAUACAUGCGACAAGAGAAGCUAGGUGAAGGAACCUAUGCAACGGUCUUCAAGGGCAAGAGCAGGAUCACUGGCGAGAUUGUAGCACUGAAAGAGAUUCAUUUGGAUGCAGAGGAAGGUGCCCCUUCUACAGCUAUUCGUGAGAUUUCCCUCAUGAAGGAACUCAAGCACCCCAACAUUCUUCGACUAAUUGAUGUGAUCCAUACUGAAAGUAAACUAAUGCUCGUUUUUGAAUUCAUGGACCAAGAUCUCAAGAAAUUUAUGGACGCCAAUGCAAAAGCGACUCACGGUGCUCUUGGCACCUCCACCAUCAAAUCAUUUAUGUAUCAACUGUUGAAAGGUAUCGCUUAUUGCCAUGAAAAUCGAGUGCUGCAUCGUGAUCUGAAACCACAGAAUCUGUUGAUCAACAAGCAUGGCGAAUUAAAGCUGGGUGAUUUUGGACUAGCGAGAGCGUUUGGCAUUCCUGUCAACACCUUUUCAAACGAAGUAGUAACGCUCUGGUAUAGAGCACCAGAUGUGUUGCUAGGCUCUCGCACGUAUUCUACUUCAAUUGACAUAUGGGCGGCUGGCUGUAUCAUGGCUGAGAUGUACACCGGCAGACCCUUAUUUCCAGGCACCACCAACGUAGAUCAGCUGCAAAAGAUAUUUCGUAUGAUGGGCACGCCAACAGAGCAAACAUGGCCAGGCAUCACUCAGUUACCAGAAUACAAGCAACCGCAGGAAAGGUACGCCCACCAGAGCAUUGGCCAAACGUUACCCAACAUUGAUGCACAUGGCAUCGAUCUAUUAAAUCGCAUGUUGCAAUACCAGCCUCAAUUAAGAAUAUCAGCCAAAGAUGCUUUAAAUCAUAGCUAUUUCUCAGACUUGAUCUAUUAA